GGCACUCGGGAGAACGCGCAGCGCGUGUUUCGCGCGCUCUUGUAUCGCGCGCUCUCGUGAUAUCGUUCGAACGAUUCGAUGUGACGCAUCUUCCUAGGCUGCUGUGUCGUGCACUGCACUGACGGCGACAGCGCGUCGAAAGUAUGCCCCCCACAUAUCACCAGCUGAAGCUUCAGCUAUGGUGGAUCCUGUCGGACCCCGAUGAAAGCCACGACACAUACCUAGAGGAGUAUCGAGCCUUCUUCCGCAAGCAGGCCCCGCUGCUGGACGUUGACGCAACAUUUUCAUUCGGCGAGGUAUGCCGCAAGCAGAGCAGGAACCUUUACGAAGAACCAAUUUACCAGGUCGAUUGCACCAUAGAGUGGCCUGGCAUCACCUGGUUUGGCCCGUCCACUAAACACUUACAGGUUGGUCGUGCGUGGUGCAAUGCCGGCCGUGACGAGGGGUCCAACAAGGCACUGUUCCAGUGGUUGGUGCCAAGCCCCCUCGAGGCCUUUCAGUUGGCCACUCACCCUGUGGACCGGAAUGUGAGCCUUUCGUCAUUCUCCUUUGGCACGCUGGCGGAGCUCGGAACAUACGUGCAGCACCAGCUGUUCUCCGCAACUCUUUAUCGCGGCCACCGUAACUAUUGGGUGGAAGCAACAUUCCAGCAUGACCAGCGCAGCCUCCACAUUGACCUACACCUCAACCACCAUAACGGGUGCGAAGACCGAGUCGCAGAAUACAGAUUUGUCAUGCCCUAUGUCAACAUCUUGAAGGUGCUGAUAAAUGAAAACGACCACUUCGUCGAACUCUACCUUCACCUCAAGAUACCGCCGAUGCUGAUGGGCGAAGUGGUCAGCGACAUUCCAGCAAGGCCCGGCAGCGCAGCGGCGGCAGCUCCGCUCCGCUGGGAGCGCUACCUUGCCAUCGGAUGCAACUGCAUCGGCGGUGCUGUGCGCACGUCCUUUCUCUGCGGAGGCCUCUUACUGAAGCUAGUUGUACGGGACCACUCCCUGGCAAGGCGCGUGGUUGGGCGGCUCUCGCAGCGUUGUGCCCAUGGGACACUCAUCUGCUACGCACCCAUUCGGACGUACUCGUCCAACAAUGCAGCGUCCAAGUGGAGUCGCGAGGUUCAGGUGCGGUGUGAGGUGAUGCAGAGGACUAUGCCAUUUCCCUGUGCCUAUGCAUUCAAGGCCGCCCUGCACAUCACCUUCGAUGUCCUCGACCAGAUGUUCCUCAUGUCGGAGUCGCAGUUCAACAAGCUGGUGCGGGAGAUCGAGACUCAAUCGGAGAAGGAGCCAUUGGUGGUGGAGCGGGCGCUCGGCCACAUUGUGUCCAGCAUCGACGCCGGCAACGUCGUGGUGUUUUCGCGUGCCUUCUAUGCCGCCUGCAGCCUGUUCCACGAUGAGAAGCCGCCACAGCUGGCCCGUGGCACCUGCCUCGUACGCAGCAUCUUUGUCACACCAGGCCGGCUCAUAUUUCGGCCUGCGCAGGUCCACUUCGAGAACAGGAUUCUGCGAAAGUUCAACAGCGAGUUCGCCAUCCGUGUGUCAUUUAGGGAUGACAACUUGGACAAGCUGUCAUUCACGCUCAAUUUGCACUCGUCUCGUGACGAUCUGCUCGAUGCCGUAGUUGGAAGCUUCCUGCGUCGGGGAGUACGCGUUGGCACCAGGGAAUUCAAAUUCCUGGCACCGUCCACGAGUCAGCUUCGCGACCACGGAACAUGGAUGUACGCGGCCGACGAGCAACAGAACAGCGCAGUGACGAUCCGCGAGUGGAUGGGCCAGUUUGAGGGCAUCCCCAACGUGGCCAAGCGCUUGGCACGCAUGGGCCAGUGCUUCUCCUCCACCGAGCAGGCUGUCCGUGUGCAGGCCAGCCAAGUGCAGGUUGUCCCCGACCUUGUGGGUGGCUGCCACCCAGUCAGCAAGAAACCCUACAUUUUCUCGGACGGCGUUGGCAUGAUGUCCAUGCCACUUGCCGAAGAGGUGUACGAUGUGAUGAAGCUGACAGACCGUCCGUCGGCCAUGCAAAUUCGGUAUGCCGGAUCCAAGGGCAUGCUUUGCGUCAACCCCGCCCUGCCCAACGAGAAGCUGCUCUGCCUGCGGCCCAGCAUGCAGAAGUUUCCCUGCACCAGCUCGGAGUACCUCGAAGUGGUCAAAGUCUCUGCACCUCGCUCGGUGACGUUGAACCGACCCCUGAUCACUAUCCUGGAGCAGCUGGGAGUGCCGACGGACACAUUUGUCCGUCUGCAAGAAAAUAUGAUCCUACAAUUCACAGACGCCCUCGUCGAGGAGUCUAGUGCCAUUAACGUGCUGGCAGCAUGGUCGAAGCUGCCACUGCCGUACGAAGACUUGUCCAAGGCUGGCUUUCAGCUCACGCUGGACCCCUUCUUUCGGUCGCUGCUUCUAGCAGUGUACCGAAAUGCAGUCGCUGGCCUUCGGUACAAGACUCGCAUAGUUCUGCCCGUGGAUCGUGCCCGCAACAUGCUUGGAGUGGUUGACACUACAAACAAGCUCCGGUAUGGCGAGGUGUUUGUACAGUGCACCGAGAUCCGCAGCCCACAUGUGCAGUACCAGGAGCCACCCAAGCGGACUGUCAUCACGGGCACUGUCCUUGUCACCAAGUGCCCCUGCCUGCACCCGGGCGACGUGCGAAAGUUCACAGCCAUUGACGUGCCAGAGCUGCACCACGUCAUUGACUGCAUCGUGUUUCCAGCACACGGACCCAGGCCACACCCCGACGAAAUGGCUGGCUCAGACUUGGACGGGGAUGAGUACAUCGUCAUUUGGGAGAAGUGUCUGUUUUUUGACGGACCAAACAGAUCUCCCAUGAACUUUUCGGACAGGAACCCGGAGCCGGACAACAAAGAAAUCACGACUGAUGACAUGAUAAAGUUUUUCUGCAAUUACAUCAAGAACGACUCCAUCGGGAUCCUGUCAAACGCCCACCUGGCAUGGGCUGACCAGGAGCCGGGGGGAAUUCACUCGCCAAGGUGUCUUGCCAUCGCAGAGAAGAUCAGCAUCUGCCUUGACUUUGCCAAGAAUGGUCAGACAGCCUUUCUGCGGCGUGACGAACGCCCCCUGCUUUACCCAGACUUCAUGGAGAAAGGCAGCCACAAAACUACAUACCGGUCGGACCGGGCGCUCGGGGUCCUGUACCGAACCUGCCGUUCCCUGGAAGCUGCUGUCGGCAGGCUCGGCCAUCGGCAUGUCGAUCCAGGCCGGUGCCGUGCACUCGCCGUGCCAGGGUGGGAGAACUACAGAGAGUCGGCGAUUCAAGCCCUCGCAGAUUAUAAUUCAAACAUUCGCCGAAUUCUGAGCCAGUAUGGAAUUGGGUCGGAGGGUGAGGUGAUGGCCUGCAUGGUCAACACCUUCGACACCUACCACAAUGCCCAAUCAGACAAGCUAAACAUGGAGGACCUUGUUGAGAAGAUGACGAAGUUUUUGACGGAGACAACACGCAACAUCUUCUAUACUGAUGUCCUAAAGGAAAUGCAUGACAACUGCAUCAGUGAUUCUGAGGAGCUGCGCAAACGGAAGCUUCGCAGAGCCUCUGCCUGGUACAUGGUGACGUACGAGCCGAAUGUGGAGAACACAUUCUUCAGUUUUCCUUGGUGCAUUGCCGAUGUCCUGGUAGAAAUUUUGCGCAGCUCAGAUGCACAGUCCAGGGUGUGGUGCCCAAACAUUCUACACUGGAAAAUUGACCAGCUCGUCACUAACAAUAGUGACUUUACAGAAGAUGACGAUCUGGAUGCAGGUUGUGAUUCAUUUAGGACUGCCUUCAAAAUCGUUGAGAAGUGGCUUAAAGAUGAAACGCUUCUCGGUCGACAUGAACCAGGUGCUUCAACCAAGCCUGGGCUGUGUUCGAACUGCCUGCUGGACAUCUACACAGAGUUUCUUGGAAACAAAAAUCUCGCCCCAGUGGGCAAGAUUGUAAUGAGGAGGAGGCAUGCAAUGAUGCUGUCGGUGGCAGGGGUACCGAACUUGACUGAAUCGACGGCUCAAGAGGCAAUGGAAGAAGAAUGUGCUGAUCAAGAGGAACCCACCGAAAAGGCUGUUUCUCAAGCCUGGCAAAUAGUGGACGGUUUCUUGGAGCCUCUUUUGUUAGACGAUUCUGAAGAUGAGACAAAUGAGCCCAGGACGGAAUACCAGAACAGACACGAUGAUCAGCAAGACCCAGAGGUCUCUCGUUCUCUGAUGUUUCCUCUGCAACAGGCUUCGGACACGAGCAGCUCUGAGCCGGACACUUGUGAGGACCCCAGCGUCGGAACUCUGGUCGUCUCCUUCCUCCGGUGGUGUCUUGAGCAGCACCAGCUGCCCCGAGGAAUGUGCCGUGUUGGUGCGUGCGCGGGCGGUGGCUACGAGUGCCAGACCCACAGGUUGCCGAUGGUGGCGUUGCGGGCCUACAGUUCGUUGGCGGUGUCGCUGGACCCGUGCCACGUCUCUCUGCCCUGUGACCCCGCGUAUCACGAGCCGCACCAAGAGGUUGUUGAGAGAGACCCCGUCCGGAUCCAGAUAGCCAAUCCGGUGAUGGAUCAGAUGCUGAAGGACAAGCUCCAUGCGGUGCGACAGCUUCUUAUGCGCUGGACGGGUGUUCAGGAUGUACAGAUACAGCGACAGGAUGACUUCGACAACAACUAUAUUGUGGUGACAUCGACGGGGCGUGACUGGCAGAUUUGGUUCUUAGAAGAGCUGCUCCUGCAGCGUUGGCUCCCACAAGCCAUUGACUGUGGAGACCUUCAAAAGUUUCUAGGAAAGAACAGCCAGGCUGGCCCAGCAAAGUGGGGCUCUAGGAGCCUGGCAUCUACGCAGCGCUGAGCACUCUUUGAGUAGCCAGCUUUGUGUGAUCAGGCAACGGCACCAUCUGGUGAGCUGUGAACUUGCGAGCUAAAGACUCUUUGGUGCUUUGCCAAAAUGUGUAUAAAAUUUGCACUUCACCAGCG